CAUUAGCUGUAAAAUUGCCACAAAACGUUACAGGGCUACUUGGGGAGAAUGGAACACGAAUAGAAUGUGCAUACACAAUGGAAAACGUUCUUAGGAUCGAUUUUGUUUCUUUUCUGGCUUUCAACAAGAGCAUCAAAACCUUUGAUACCAUAACAACAUAUUUACCAGACAUAAAGGCGCUGAUAACUCCACAAGGACAGUAUUUGAAAGGGAGAGUGACACUGAGUAAUAUAACACAAUCUUCAAAAAUGGCUGUCAUGAUAUUUAACAAGCUGUUGUGCAUAGACGACAUAUUAUAUAGAUGUAAUGUGAGAUUCGUUGAUUCCGGUGGUGUACCACGAGAUGUAACUUCAAACAACAUAAGCAUUUCAGUACAAGUGCCACCUUCCAAGCCAGAUAGCGUUUCCAUAGUGUUUACACCAGCAGAUCCUUCAAUUAUCUCAGCUAAAUUGAUGGAAUAUAGCAGCUCACCCUCUUCCAGUACAGUGACAUCAAAGGAGAACGAGAUUUCGUCUGUCUUCCAGACCGCGAAACAGACGGGUAUAACUAAAUAUAGCAACAUAACAGUUGUCUGUACUGGAGAUGUUGGAAAGCCUCCAGCAGAACAUUUCUUCCAAAAGUAUCGUAGUGGACACAGUCUAUCUAUGAUAUAUAAAGCGUCUGAAACAUCAGUAUCAGAAAUGUCUGAAAAUUGUUCUUACUAUCGUACAAGUAACCUCACGUUCCAAGUAACAGCUAAAGACAACAAUGCAGUGAUACGAUGUGUUGUUAAUUCGUCAAUGGAAGAGCCGGAUAUGUUUGUAGAAACGGCACCAAUAGAGGUCUACUAUGAAGUGAGCAUGCCAACUAUCAUAACAUAUCCGAAUAAAUUAUACUAUGUAGUAGGCGAAGACACUUGUAUACUUUUAACUUGUAAGAGCGAUGGUAAUCCUAAACCAAAUUACCAAUGGUAUAAGGAAAAUCAUAAUGAGGUCAUAAACACAACCGAAAGCUGGACUAUAACGGAUUUGAAUGUAACGAAUAGUGAAGUAUACACAUGUAAUGUCAGCAACACUUUCAAUGGCGGCACGUACACAAAGUCUGGUAAAGUGCGAGUUAAUAUAAUAAAUAAAG